AUGUCCGCUUUUGCACGCUCGACAUUCUCGGCCAAAUCAUAUGCGGCCUUUAGGCCAACAUAUCCACCUGUCCUUUUCAGGACCUUGCUCGCGUAUCACCAAUUGCCUACUGCCGCAGGCAACUUGCUGGACCUGGGAUGUGGACAUGGCCUCAUUGCACGGGGCUUGAGCCCCCACUUCAAGUCCGUCACGGCCAUUGAUCCGUCGGCUGGCAUGGUCGCCCAGGCCAAGCAGAUGACCGAUGACUCCAAGAUUCAAUUCAGGCAAGGCACCGCCGAGGACCUGGACUUCGUGGCGGACGCGUCGGUAGACAUGGCAGUCGCCGGCCAAGCAGCGCAUUGGUUCGACUACGGCAAGGUGUGGCCCAAUCUCGCCCGCGUGGUGAAGCCGGGCGGCACAAUGGCCUUCUGGGGCUACAAGGACAACGUUUUGUUGGACUACGAGAAAGCCACGGAGAUCAUGGAACACUUCGUCUAUGGGUUCGGCGAGGCAGCACCGGGGGUCGAAGGCAUGGGCAAGUACUGGGAACAGCCUGGCCGAAACAUUCUUCGGGAUUCUCUGAGAAGCGUGGUCCCGCCUGAAAGUGACUGGACGGACAUACAACGGUUGGAGCAUGAGCCGGGCGAGAGGGGUCAGGACGAGAAGACUGCCUGGUUGACGAAGAAGAUGAAGUUGGGAGAAGUCGAGGCGUACACCAGAACAUUCAGCUGCUACAACGGCUGGAAGGAUGCUUAUGCCGAUAGGAAGAGCAGAGCAGAGGGUGGAGAAGGCGACGUUGUCGAUAUCAUGUGGGAUCAUAUGCUUGAUGCAGUGCCGGAGUGGAAGGCAUUGGGUGAGAAGUGGAAGGAAGCGGAAGUUGUGUCAGAUUGGGGAACGUAUGUGCUCAUGGCGAAACGGAGAUGA